GCAAACAUUCGUACUUGCAGCAAUUGAAAAAUAGAGCAUUGAAUCUACUGGGGACUGGAAAGGUUUUGGAAGCUUCUGCGGCUUGGCUUCAUUUCCUUCAGUUUACCACCUUCCUCGCCACUAUUGGCUUCGCCAAACCCUAUCUCUGCAAAAACCUCUCCUCUGUUCACGUCUACACAUACGCAUAUACAUACAUAUAUAAAGUGAAGGAGAUUGUAUAAGCAAGCAAAGGCGCGCGUUAUUCAAUUCAAUGGCAGAAGCUCCUUAUGACUCUUCGGCGGAAGUCGACAAGCUUUACGACCUCGGCGAACGGCUUGCCGAGGCCAAAGACAAGUCCCAACAUGCUGGUGAUUAUCUCAACAUUAUCAAAGCGGCCAAAGAAGGCAGUGUUAAGGUCAAACAACUGGCUGCCCAGCUUAUUCCCAAGUUUUUCAAGUACUUCCCUUCGUUUUCGCAGCAAGCCCUCGAUCGGCUUAUAGACUUCUGCGAGGAUGAUGUGCUUGGGGUCCGGGUACAAGCAAUUCGUGGACUUCCUCUUCUUUGCAAGGAAAACCCAGAAAAUCUAUCUAAAAUUGUUGAUGUUCUGGCGCAGCUCCUCCUGGCCGGAGAAAAUGUGGAGCGCGAUGCCGUUCAUAAAGCCCUGAUGUCUUUGUUGCAACAGGAUAUAAAGACUUCCUUAACAGUUCUGUUUAAGUUUAUUGGGAAUGCUGAUGAGCCUAGCAAUGAUGAAAUUAUUCGUGAAAAGGUUUUAUUCUUCAUUAGGGAUAAGGUGUUUCCACUUAAAUCAGAGUUAUUGAAGCCUCAGGAGCAGAUGGAGAGGCAUAUAACUGAUUUGAUAAAAAAGAGUUUGCAAGAUGUAACAGGGGCAGAAUUUAUAAUGUUCAUGAAUUUCUUGAGAAGCUUGAGCUUAUUUGGACGGAAUGCUCCAGUAGAGCGUGUUCAGGAACUUGUUGAAAUUAUAGAAGAACAGGCUGAUCUAGAUGCAGCGUUCAUUGUUUCUGAUGGUGAUCACAUUGACAGAUUAAUAUCUUGCCUACAUAUGGCUCUUCCUCUUUUUAUGAGGGGUGCAUCAAGCAGCCGAUUUCUCAUCUAUUUGAACAAACAUAUCUUACCUGUUUUUGAUAAGCUUCCUGAAAAACGAAAAGUAGACUUGCUGAAGAACCUAGCCGAAUGUGCACCUUGUGCUACUCCACAGGAUUCCCGCCAGCUUCUGCCUCCUGUUGUUCAACUUCUAAGGAAACACAUGGUUCGGAGGAAGGUUGAUGAGAUCAACUUUAUUUAUAUUGAAUGUUUGUUGUACGUCUUCCACAGUUUAGCUCAUAAAACUCCUAAUGCCACAAAUAGCCUAUGCGGCUACAAGAUUGUUACUGGCCAACCUUCAGAUAGGCUUGGGGAAGAUUUCUCAGAGUACUAUAAAGAUUUUAGUGAGAGGUUGAGAACCACUGAAGAUUUAACUAAAGCCAUGGUGAAGAAAUUAACCCAGGGGAUGUCGGAGCACAACAAAGCCAUGACUGCUGCUAAAACUGAUGAAGAGAAGGAUAUUAUAAAGACAAAGAAACAGAAUUCUACCAUUGCACUCAGGACCUGCAACAACAUACUGUCAAUGAUCCAGCCAUUGCAUUCAACAUUACCUUCAUUUAUUGGGGCUGAGAAAAUCAACUUGUCAUGGAAAGAUGCAAGGAAUCCCUCGGCGCCAUCAACUGCUCCUGUUUCGGGUAGUACAAAGCGUGCUGCUGCUAACUCUAAUGAUCAUAGCACGCGCACACUCAAAAGGGGCCGAGGUGGGCGUGGUGUACGACACCAACUUGUUGGCAAGGCACUAGAAGGUUUAUAUCGCGGUGGCAGAGCUGCUAGGGGUUGGGGCGGCCGCGGAAGAGGAAGAGGAAGAGGGAGAGCCUUCUGGUAGGAGCAUAUUUCCCUCGUACGUACCAAGUAAGAAAAGAGCUACUGACCAUUUCUCUUCCCUUUUUGUCGAACUUUUCUUAUAGGCAUUCACUGUUUGUUAGGUAAAAUGAGAUAUAGAAGAAAUAGCAAUGUUGCAUGCUAACAACUCUGGGCUGAUUUUCCUCAACUUGUCCCGUUAUAUGAUUAUUCAGUUUGUUUUAAUUUCUAAUAUCCAACUUCUUACAUA